GUCGUUCGGAGUUUUUGUUCAGAAUCAGUCCUAUGACUUUACAAUCAUCAUCGUUUCGGUUUUAAAUUUUUAUAAAGUGUCAUGCAGUUUAGAUGUAAAUAUAAAUGUUGUGGGAUUUGACAACAAAACAAGCAUAAUACGGUUGUAUAAUAAGAUGUUAAAGGCAAGUUUAAGUUUUCCGUAAAAAGUUUAAAAUGGAAUUACCAUACGAGGUACUAGUGUACAUAUUUAAGUAUUUACCCAAAUCGGACCGAAAAUCUGCAAGUGAAACAUGUCGCUCUUGGUACUUAGCGGCUAACGAUUAUAGUUUCCUAAAAAAUAAAACUGUUAUACUAUACAAAGCAGAUUUAAAUGAUGAAAUUUCUCCACUACAAAUCUUUGAAGACUCUGAUAUUCUUUAUGACAACUUUUUAUUUUGUGAGGUUGAAUUGUCCAAUAAAUUAAAAAACUUUUGGGAUAGAAAUGGUGUAAACAUAAGAUGCCUAACACUACAAAACUGUGAUAUAAGAGAAAAAGUUUUUGUUAAUAUUUUACAGAAAUGUACAAACUUAGAGAUUCUAAAUAUUGAAAACUGUAAAGACUUGUUUAUGUCAGGAUGCCUAUUAGAAGGAAAAACUGAAGGGCUACUCGCAACUAGUUUAAAGAAAUUGAAAUGUUUGAGUUUGUCAGGAAAUCAAUACCUUACAGAUGCCUUAUUCAGCCGGUUUGUUGAGACAGCUCCUGAAUUAGAAGAACUAAAUUUAUCAGGAUGCUCACUGCAGUUUCAUUUGGGUCUUGUUAAAAGAUUCUAUCCUCCGGGAUCUAAUAUAUAUGAUAAUCCAUCAGAGAGUGUCUUAACAUUUUACUUUGUACAUCAGUUUUUAACAGCAAGGGCUAAGAAUAUAAAAAGACUAUUGUUUUCUAAGACAUUAAUUGAUGGUGUAGCUCUUAAAUCACUAGCAGAAACAGAACACCUAAAACUGCAAUAUCUUCAAGUACACUCUUGCGAUCAACUUACUAAUGUUGGCAUAUCUUCGCUAUCAAACUAUCAGUUUUGCUUAAGAGAGCUUGAUAUUGGACUUUGCACAAGAGUAACUGAUCAGUCUUUAGUGUAUAUUUGUAAUAAUUUAGUAAAUCUAGAAUGCUUAAACAUUCAAAGAUGUAGAGCUGUUACAGAUUUAGGAGUAGUUGAAUUACAGAAACUAAAGAAGCUUAAGCAACUGAAUAUAUCCCAAUGUGAUCUUAUCAGCAAAGAAGGUAUUGAGAAAGGUAUCUGUUCUUAUGAAAAUACUAUUUUGGAAGAGUUAGAUAUAAAUUCUCUUAACUUGGAACAGAGUGGUUUGAUUAUGAUUUCUGAAAAGUUACCUAACCUCCGUAUGCUAGAUAUCAGCUAUUGUUUCAAUGCAGUGACAGACACUUCAAUCCAACUUAUUUUCAAGAAUCAAAUAUAUUUGCACACUUUAAAGUUAAGUCAUUGUGAUAAAGUAUCUGAUGCUGGCCUUACGGGUAUGGGUAAAGUGGAAACAGAAGGGCAAGAAGAUGGUAAUAUAACAUCAAAUUAUGAUAGCUCCAUAACAAACAACAAGAUCUAUCUUGGCUCGAGGGCUGAAGAAGAAAUUGUGCGAGAUGCCAGACGGAAAUAUGAAGUCAUGCUUUUGUGUGAAAAAUUAUCCAUGGAAUCAUAUAGUGGAUAUUCUUUGGCACGCUUUAGGAGCCUCAGAGACUUAAAUAUAAGUGGCUGUAAUAGAAUAACAGAUGUAAGUCUAACAUAUGCCUUUUCAUUUAAAGAACUUGUGUGUCUUAACCUUAGCCGAUGUCAACAAAUAACUCAUGAAGGGAUAAUGCAUCUAGUCAAAAACUGCCCUAGUAUUGAAUAUUUUAAUCUGACAGACUGUUAUAACUUAAAAGAUGAUGCUGUAAUUGAAAUUGUCAGAGGGCUCAAGAGAUUGAGGCACUUGGAAUUAAGGGGUUGCAAUCAAUUAACAGACACAACAAUUCAAGGAAUUAUCAGUAAUUGCAAGAAGUUAACAUUUCUUGAUGUUCAGGGUUGUCGUAAUAUGUCGGCAGAACUAGUUUGUACAUUAGGAAUGCAAUUGCCAACCCUCCAUACAGUACUUUUCUCAAAACCAGGUCCCUACAUUGAUGAUGGCGUUAAAAAUAGAUCAACAGCACCAACUUUUUUACCUACCCUAAUGCGUAAAUUACGUAUUCAUUAGUUUAAAAAUUCAUUGAAUUAUAAUGACAUGCAUGUGACUUUCAUGUCUCAAAAAAAUUGUAUGUAGUCGUGAUAGUGGACUAAUAAAAAUGUCUGGAAAUUUUUGUCAUAAAAUGUAGCUAACGGAUUUUAUUUUUUAGAAAAUGUCUAAAUAGACAAGUAAUCUAGAUAAAUUAGCCACUCUAGAAAAGUUUUGUGCAAUACAAAUUAAACUAAAUUUUGUGUGAAUGUAAAAAUUUGUGUUAAAAUAUUAAUAAAAGAUAGUUAUAUUUUUGUGGCAAGCUCCUCGAAAACGUAUACUCAUAUAAUGAGAAAUAAAGUUAAUUAGGUAUAUACUUAACUGUAUUUCAGAACAUAAAUAUAAUAAUUUAAAGUAUUAAAAUAAUGAUUGUAAGGUCUAAUAAAAUUCUCCCACAUCAAACGAAAUAUAAUCACUGUUAAAAAUAUUAGGAAACACCAUGGGUUCCCAUUAUAACCCAAUACAAGUACAACUUUAUUGCCAGUAGUCAAUAUUUCACGUCAAUUUGGAAUCAUCCCCUACUAAAUGUAUCUGGGGUAUGUGGGCUCCAUUUCAGGAUCAGAGAAGAGAGUACACACUAAAAUUACUUCCGGUACUUCCAUCGUCAUUUGAGAGGUCACUUUCGCAUUUUACAGGGAAACCGAAGACGAAAUUCCUUAACUGGAACCGCUUAUUUAAGAUUAACUUUUAAUUAAUUAACAGUGUUAAUAUUUUUAAUAAAUAAUGGAAGGAAUAAUAAAACUCAA